CCGGGCCCGUCGAGUGGGUCGCGCCGUACGCGUGACCUCGGCGAGGUAGAGGACUUCGCGCUCGCUGCGCGGAGCGACCCACCCCGCUACCACAAGAACGACCCCAACAACGGCAAGAAGCCCAAGUAUUCGGAGAAGGACCCCAACCCUCCUCCGAAGUACCGCCAGAAGGACCCGCACAAGCCAAACCGCGAGCCAAGCCGAAGCCGGGCCCGUCGCGCCGCACUCGUGAGCUCGCGGAGGUUGACGAUCUCUGGGCGCGCGAGGCGGACGAGGACCUCUGGGCGCGCGAGGAGUUGGAGGAGAUGUGGGCGCGCGAUGUGGAGGAGGUGAUGGCGCGUUCCGACCCGCCCCACUACCACAAGAACGACCCCAUCAACGGCAAGAAGCCCAAGUACUCGGAGAAGGAUCCCAACCCGCCUCCGAAGUACCGCCAGAAGGACCCGCACAAGCCUAACCGCGAGCCCAAGCCCAAGCCGGGCCCGUCCGGGUCGCGCCGCACGCGUGAGCUCGCUGACUUCUGGUGGUAAACGGACAGAUAGGAGUGUAGGGAGGAACCUUACGGUACUAGUUGUACAUUUGACGUGGAUUCAAUGAGAUUCGACGAGUUGCGGAAACUUUCGAUUGUGUGAUUGGAUGAUGAGUUGGAAAUCUUCUAGCGGCUGCGCCUUCGGUGUUUUCAUUUGUGAU